UUGAUUUUGCAGGUGCAGAAGGAUGAGGGGGGAGAAUGGCACCAAGGUCAGCACGUUCAUCCUGCUGGGCUUCCCCACGGCCCCUGGGCUGCAGUACGUGCUCUUCCUCCUCUUCCUGCUCAUCUACCUCUUUGUGCUGGUGGAGAACAUGGCCAUCAUCUUCACUGUCUGGAACAGUGCCUCCCUCCACAGGCCCAUGUACUACUUCCUGGGCAUCAUGUCCACCUUGGAGAUCUGGUACGUGUGCGACAUCAUCCCCAAGAUGCUGGAUGGCUUCCUCCUGCAGAGGAAACGUAUCUCCUUUGUCGGGUGUAUGACUCAGCUCUACUUCUUCAGCUCCCUGGUGUGCACCGAGUGUGUCCUCCUGGCCUCCAUGGCCUAUGACCGCUAUGUGGCUAUCUGUCACCCCCUGCGUUACCAAGUCAUCAUGACCACUGGGCUGUGUGUCCAGCUCGUGGCCUUCUCUUUUGCCAGUGGCUUCACGAUCUCUAUGAUUAAAAUCUACUUCAUCUCCAGUGCCACGUUCUGUGGCUCCAAUGUCCUGAAUCACUUUUUCUGUGACAUCUCCCCUAUCCUCAAGCUGGCCUGCACAGACUUCUCUACUGCAGAGCUGGUAGACUUCAUCCUGGCCUUCAUCAUCCUGGCGUUCCCACUCCUGGCCACCAUUCUCUCCUAUGGACACAUCACCCUGGCUGUGCUGCGCAUUCCAUCAGCCACAGGUCGAUGGAGGGCCUUCUCCACCUGUGCCUCCCACCUCACUGUGGUCACCAUCUUCUACACAGCCUUGUUUUUCAUGUAUGUGCGACCUCAGGCUAUUGAUAGCAGGAGCUCCAACAAGCUCAUCUCUGUUCUGUACACUGUCCUUACGCCCAUCUUGAAUCCCUUGAUCUAUUGUCUAAGGAACACAGAGUUUAAGGAUGCCAUGAGGAAGGUCUUGGGGUUGAGUCAAGCUCUGUCAUAGGAGGAGUGCCACCUGUUUAGAAUCUAGAGCUUCU